UUGACCCAAAUUAACUACAGCGACACUGCCAUAUAAACAACACCUCACUGGACGCAUCUCACAGUCACGGAUCUGCCAGAGACACUUGCGUUGGGUUAAGUUUCUCUCGUUGCGCCACUGAAAAUGUUUGCAAUUUCAGCCUUACUCGUGCUUGGAUGUUGUGUGCUCCAGGCCUCUGGGUGCCUUGUCUCAUGCCCGCGUACCCUAGAGCUGCGGGGAUAUCUCAAUGACAAAGGGGAAUUUGUGGAGGACAAGGCAUACUAUUUCUGCCCAGCAGAGAUGGAUUUCAUCAUCAAGGGGUAUGUGGAGGGUUCCAGUGUCGUCAGCGAGGAACCCAAAAGUUGGGGAACACUGAAAACUGUAGAAUACACCGUACGAGUGGACAAGGUGUUUAAGGCUCCAGAUGGCAUGGAAGUUGGAUCUAAAGUGGCAUUCCGUGAGCGCCACAGAAUAAAGCCAAUGUUAGCUAGCUGUGGAGAAAUAAAUCUGGCUGAGAAAACUGCAUAUCUUCUUAGAGGUAUUAAUACAACAAGUGGCUUCAAGUUGGGUGGUUUCUGCAAUUUCGGCAGGCAAUGGAAAUAUGUUCCUAAUCCAGAGAAAAAGUACCUGACGACGGAGGGAUGCAAGUAAGCUUGGAACACGUCAAGCUCACCCUGCGUUCCAUAGAAUCUAUAAAUUGAUGACCAGCGAUUUGUUGGUUGAUACGGCGAAAGACUCGACAUCACAUCAGGGUGGCGACAA